AUGUUUAUAGGUGUAGCUGUCAUGGAUUUAAAACCGAACCAUACAAUCUAUAUAAAUAACCUGAAUGAGAAAACUAAGAAAGAAGAGCUUAAAAAGGCACUCUUUGCGAUAUUUUCACAGUUUGGACAGAUUGUGGAUAUUAUGGCAUUCAAAACACUGAAAAUGCGUGGGCAGGCACAUGUCAUUUUCAAAGAAAUAAGCUCGGCGACCAAUGCUUUGCGUGCGAUGCAAGGUUUCCCUUUUUAUGAUAAACCUAUGCGUAUACAAUUCGCGCGAGAAGAUUCUGAUGUUAUUGCGAAAGCUAAAGGCACUUAUGUUGAUCGACCAAGAAAACAGCAACCAUCAAAACAGAAUGUUGGAGAUAAAAGAAAAAAGUCUAGUCAUCAAAAAGAAAAUAAAAAGAUGCGAAUGGACAAAAACUAUAAUGGGAAGGCCGACAAUGCUGAAAGAGUGAAUCCACCAAAUAAAAUAUUGUUUUGCACCAACUUGCCGGAGGAAACAACCGAACAAAUGCUUACGUUGCUGUUUAAUCCGCCAGACAUUGCAUUUGUUGAAUUUGAAACAGAAGCAGAAGCAACUGCAGCUCGUCUGGGUCUAAACAAUUUUAAAAUUACACCUUCCCAACCAAUGUAUGUUAAUUAUGCAAAUAAGUAA